GUUGCGUUGUGCCACAGCGCCAAAGCACCACGGCGCCCUGCCGUCGUUAGCAGACCGCAGUACCGGUAGGUUUGCUCGCGCGGUUCGCGCCAAGAGACCGCCGCGCUGCCGAAAAGGCUGCCCAAAACAAGCGGCGAGGCACACCACACGAUGGAGCCCCAAGAAGGCAGCGACGACGACGCGCGGCGCAGCCAGGAGGCCGCCCGCGACGACUCCGCGGCAACGAUGCUGCAAGGCUCGGUGCGACGACGCAACGCCAAGCAAGAGCUGUCGCAGAGACGCCAGGUUCGGGACGACGGCGCAGCCACGAUGCUCCAGGGCUCGGUGCGGCGCCGCAACGCGAAGCAAGAGCUGUCGCAGAGACGCCAGGUUCGGGACGACGGCGCGGCGACGAUGCUGCAAGGCUCGGUGCGGCGACGCAACGCCAAACAAGAACUCUCGCAGAGACGCCAGGUUCGGGACGACGGCGCGGCCACGAUGCUCCAGGGCUCGGUACGACGCCGCAACGCGAAGCAAGAGCUGUCGCAACGGCGCCAACGCCGCGACGAUGGCGCGGCGACCAUGCUCCAGGGCUCGGUGCGGCGCCGCAACGCCAAGCAGGAGCUGUCGCAGAGACGCCAGGUCCGCGACGACGGCGCGGCCACGAUGCUCCAGGGCUCGGUGCGGCGCCGCAACGCGAAGCAAGAGCUGUCGCAGAGACGCCAGGUUCGGGACGACGGCGCGGCGACGAUGCUGCAAGGCUCGGUGCGGCGACGCAACGCCAAACAAGAACUCUCGCAGAGACGCCAGGUUCGGGACGACGGGGCAGCCACCAUGCUCCAGGGUUCGGUACGACGACGCAACGCGAAGCAGGAGCUGUCGCAACGGCGCCAAGCGCGGGACGACGGCGCGGCCACGAUGCUCCAGGGCUCGGUACGACGCCGCAACGCGAAGCAGGAGGUUCAGCAGCGGCGCAAGGUCCGCGACGACGGCGCGGCGACGAUGCUCCAGGGCGCGGUACGACGACGCAACUCCAAGGAAGAGCUGUCGCAACGGCGCCAAGCGCGCGAAGACGAGGCCGACGACGCGGCCCUCCGAGCGGCCUUCGGCUCGCCCCUCUACCGCAUCGACCGCCACGGCGACGAUGUCGUGAAGACGGCCCUGGACGACAUGAGGAAGACGCUGCCGCGCGCGACGGCGCACUUGGACAGAGGGCAGCUCGCGUCGCCCACCGUGCGCGAGCCGAGCGCCGACUACGUGGCCAACGCGCGGAGCGCCGCGGCCAAGGAACAGUAUAUAGCGUCGCGCACGCGGCCGCCGCCGCCGCGACAGACAAAACCUUCGCCGUACGGCGCGCCUAUACUAGGCCCGGCCGGGCCCGUACGGCGCCGCUGGCGCGCCCAGGCCGCAAAAACGACAAUACAAGGAGAGCGCCUCGAGACGCUGCUGCCCUACGCGACGCCGCAGAUCCGGCGGCGCCAGCGACCGGCGUCGGCGCGGCCCGCGGGCGCUGGUGUAAAAGCGGCCCAGGCCAGGAAAAGGCCGGGGUCCGUGGCCGCGACGCGCAAAAUGGUGGUGGACCAGGUCGAAAGUAAGGCGCGGUCGACCUUUCGGGGACGGGCCCUCGCGCCGCCGAAGGAGGCGGCGCCGAAGCCCACGCCCUUCGGGGCCCUCAAAGCUUUAUCCGGCGAGCUCGGCGUGCCGAAGCGCGACCGGGACCAGAUUACGACGAUAGUCAAGGCACAGAUCCUGCGGGGCCGCGCGCCGACCGCGGAUAGAAUAUUGGAGGCGCACGCGGAUUUGCUAAGAAGGCACCGCGCCGACGCCAUCGCCGCGAUCAAGGCCUGCAAGGCGCGCGAGGCGAUCGUCCAAGGGGCGUUGGAAGCCGCCGCGGACUGCGACGGCGACCAGGUGAGCGCCGUCGCGCCGUUCGCGGCGAAAUUGGAAGAUGCGACGCGCGCCGUCGAGCUCAGUAUAAGGGAGUGGCGGCGGCGCCUCGCGCGGCCGGCGCCCUUCCGCUACCGCGGGUGUUUAUACGGCGAGGUCGUGGCGCACGAGCGCGUUGUGUUCGACAAGGCCGCCAAUGCGACGGACGACGCCCAGGAUGAGGUGGUGAGGUGGCUCCUGCGCCGCGACGCCGCGGGCGGGCCGGCGGAGGAGGAGGACGAGGGUUUUGUGGAGCCGGCCUGGGAUUUGCUCGAGCGCGCGAUGGCCGGUGAUAUUAUAGACGCCGGCGACGAGCGGCGCCUGCGCGCGACUUAUGAAGCGGAGCGCGCCCUCUUCGCGGAGCGGGGCGAGGCGCCGCCGCCGCUGCUGAAAGGCUGGGGCGCCGCCGCGGCCGACGCGACGCUCGCGCCGCUCCUCCAGCCCGUGGAGCUCUCGGCGCCGGCGCCGGCGCCGCGGUCCGUGCGGCGAAAGAAGAAGAAGAAGCGUAGGGACGUCAUGCUGCGCCGCGACUGCGACGCGCUUGUGCCUCGGGAGUACCGCAUAUGGCAGAUCGAGCACAUCGAGGCGCUCCGGAGGAACCGCGACGACCCCGCCUCGCCAAUGAAGCGCGCCGCGGCGCCCGCGACCAUCGCCCACAUCGAGGCGCUCCGGGCGGCCGAGGACCCCACGUCGCCGCUUCGGCGCGCCGCGGCGCCCGCGGCCACGCCGGUGGCGCCGAGAGGUUUUGGGGAGCGCUUCAGCCGCGGCCGGCGCCUCGUGUUCGGCGCCGACGACGAGGCUGUUAACUCGCCGGCGCCGCCGCCGGAAGCGCCUGUGCCGCCUGUAACGGCAACGGUGGGCUUUUUGCCUGCGUAA